AUGGACACUCCGCCGCAUCCAACCUACGAGUCUCUUCGACAGACAAAACAGCAACUAACAGCAUCUGUGUCUUUUCUGCGGCUUCGCUGGUAUCUCAAGGGCUCCGUCGAAGAGUCCAUCAAACUGCUCGAAGACGCCACGGUUCACACAUCCCAACAAGACCAAUACCAGACCUCAUCCGCCUCCUCAACCGACGGCCAGCAGCCUGAAACCCGGCUGCACGAGGUCGCGUCCGAGAGCAUCACGGAACCGCCCGUCUCUUCCAUCACCGUCACCAUCCGCGAGCUAGACGGUUGGGAGUCCAACUGGCUCGACAACCACCACCCUCACGCCGAGGAUGUCGACUCAGCGCUGUACGCCGACGACGGGAGCCUCAUCCGCUGCUGUGACGAGGAUAGACCGGGCCCUGGUCCCUCGCUGCUGGUCGAGGCGGGUUCGGGGGCGUUUGUGACCACUCAAGACUUUGCCGCGGCAGUGCAUCCGUGGAUGAGCACCUUCGAGGCCCAGGUCAGGAGCGCCAAGGGGGUCUUCAGAGGCAGGCCGGUACCCACCACUCAUGAGUUAUUUCUCUACAACCUGGAGCCGAGCCCGCUGCAUGUGGCCGACGCCGUGGGAGCUGGUCCUGGGUGGUGGGACUUCCAGUGGAAGAAGAUGGCGCAGCUGGCCGCUAUCGUCCAAAGCCGGACAGCCGAGACGUGA